GAGCCUCGCCCCUCCGUCCCUCCGCGAGAAGAAAAAAACUCUAUCAUGUCAUUUGUCGUCGUCAUGCCGCACCAACUCGAUGCCGCUCGACCCAAAAGGGCACCGGUGGCUCAAAGUCAGGACCUCAUCUUUUGUCACCCCGAUCGAGCGGCCUACAACUGUCCCAAAAGCCAUUCAGACGAUGCCUGCGACACUGCCCUAUGGAAAAGCCACCUCUUCAGCCGAUUUCCGAAUCCCUGUCCGAGUCUCUGACCUUCACCAACAGCCUUCCUUCGCCAAGUAGCAGUCGGUCCUACCCCAAGUUCGGACCUCCUCGGCUACGACAACCAUGGAGGCAUUCAGUCUCAACCGAAGCGUUUGGAUUGGCGUCGCGGACAACCCGGGAGUUCAAACCUGACCGCCAGCGUCGCCGGUUGUUCACAGUGGGCAUCUGGCAAUGGUUCAUCACGUCGCUGCUCUGUGGCCUCUUAGCUGCAUGCCUCGGAGCCUUUGGAAACCUCUUGUGGAUGACUGUGACACAAGUCAAAGCCUUCAACGCGCUCAUCGUGCUUCUUUCUCUCUUUCUCGGGAACAAUCUGACUAGCUCGCUACGAGAAUAUGCGGCCAUGAUGCGGUGGAGAAUGCUGGCUUCCAAAUACCGCCCUCUGAACGAAUUCGACUUGUUGUUGCGCUGCGAAAGUUUGCGGAAGGUCAUACGGUUGUUUUGGGCAGCAAGGACUCCUGGAGGAGUGUGGUUCUGGUUCAACACGACACAGUGGCUUUGUGCUCUGUGGCUGGGAGUCAACAUUCUCCUGCAAGUUCUUGUGGCUUUAUUGGGAUUGACAUACAACCUCAACACCUCCAACUAUCCAGAACGGCAAUUCGGGACAAUGAGUAUCGCAGAUUUGACCACCGUCCGUGAUGUCUGGGGAGCCAAAGACCCCACCUUGGAUGCGCAGUUGGGUUCUGCAAAUUACUUUGGCAUCCAAGGUCAGGACUAUUUAUUCGUCGAAGGGAGUCCUCCUGGGCAGGGGAAAGUCCCGAGCUAUGGCACACCCGGCACUCCUACAAUCUACGGUAAUUCUGACUGGAGCGUCAUGACCUAUGUCUUUCAAGACCAGAGUCUCCAAAACCCUCAACUCACCUUGGUUUCUCACCGCAACAUCAGUGUUACGGCCACCUGCCGAGAAUUGCAGGUCAUCGAUGGCGGCAACGGAAGCAGUACCUCUGUUACUUACCGUGACGAGACUGGAGAGCAAAUCACCCUCGACGUCGUGCGGGUGGGACCGGGAGCAAUGACGUAUAUCGGCGUCCUCAACUCUACGUGUGGGCCACGAUGCACAGAAGUGAUGGCACUGCAAAGCGCCAACGGCGAUACAAUCCCCCAAGCAGCAUUCUUCAAAUGCAAAAGCAGCAUAUCCGAAGUGCGAGGAAUCGAGGAAUACCUGGAUUACGGAGAACCGGCGGCAUCAUUUGAGAUGCCAAAUGAACAAGCGAAGAUCGUUGCGGGGGCGAUUGGAUGGUCAGGGUUCAACUACACGCCGGAUGACCUUUAUCAGUAUGUACGGUACAAUACAGAGACGUGGUGGAGCCCCGAUAGCCCUGCAAACGCAGGCAUGAUAUCUCAGCGAAUCAUGGAGUUCAGCAUUGAGGCAGUGGCAGCGAUCGACUACAACGGACCAAGGCGCAAUGCACCAGGCUGGUACGCCAUUCCUGCGCAAGUGGUGAGUGUGCAGUGGCGGUGGGCGGCUUCAAUCUUGGGACUCCUGCCGUUCUUUCAACUGGUGGCGUUGGUCUGUGUCAUAGCCUGGGCUAACUCGGCCAUCAUUCGGGACGACAGCUACCUGAGUGCUGCACGACUUCUGCGUCCUAUUGUCGAGAAACUGGGCGACAAGGGCUGUUUGCUGACCGGCCCAGAGAUCGCGGAGGAGUUGGCAGAGCUGAGGGUGAAAUACGGGUGGAGAGAGCCGGGUCCAGACUUUGCCUUUAGGAAUGAGAUUGACGGCGAUGUCAUCAGGCACGUUGAUAUCCUGGACGAAAACGAAGGAUUGGGUAGACAAGGUCCCAUGCCCGCUGGACGGUAUGAUGGGCUUGUACCCGAUAGACCGUCCCCAGCGGAGAAGGACAUAGAUCAGCAGCCGCAAAGGAGGCGCGGACGGCGGUCUAUGAGUUUAUGACAUUUGUCCAUAUGGACGCAGCUCCCCAGGUUAGAGUGUAAUACUAUUUAUUAGAAGAACAAGAAACUUCCAAUAAAGCUUCUUCCACGCUG